AGACACAACACGGCUGUGCAAGGUAGAUUCGCACACUAUCCUCUCUUCCUCAAGUGUGUCUUCUCGCUGCAGCAUCCUCUGCAUUACCCGAGCCACUCCCUCACGGUACACAAAGCACAAAUCCCUCUUACACAAGCCGUCACGUGUGCUGGUUAGAAUGUCGCAGGCGGUGAACCACCUCGUCGGCGAGUACCUCGCGCAGGAGUACCCAUCUGUCGCCAAGGUCUUCAAGAAGGAGGCGUUCUCGGCCGCUGCCCCACGCCGCCCUCCCUUCGGGGAGAAGGGUCUCGCAGAAAUUGUGUUAACCUACCGCACGGAGAAGCCCGCAUCGCGCAAGGCGUCGCCAAAGGUGGCGGCGAAGAAGGCGCCCAUCCCAGACUCCAGCUCCGACGACGACGAGCCAGUGAAGAAGCCCGCAUCGCGCAAGGCGUCGCCAAAGGUGGCGGCGAAGAAAACUGCGACGGACAGCGACAGCUCCGACGACGAGGAAGCACCGGUGAAGAAGUCGGCGUCCACGAAGCCGGCGGCUCGUCCGGUCGAGGACUCCGACGAUGAUGAGGUGCCAAAGAAAAAGGCCUUCAAGACGGAAGCGCCUGCACGUCGCAGCCCACAUAAUUUGAACGAUGACGGCACCUACCGCCGCUUCCAGCGCAUUGAUCCCAGCAAGGUGACUUUCCACGCCGACGUCCUGCGAGACAACCGGCCUGCCGAGGAGCACCUGACGCUGCGCCAAAACCAGGAGAUGAUGCGCACCAAAGGUAAGGGUUUUAAUAAGCUGAAGCAGAAGAACAAGGGCAAGUUUUACGGCGCAGGCGUCGACCUCACCGUGCGUGCGUACCAGUUCCCGGACAGUGAUGAUGAAUAG